AUGAUGAGCAUUAUUGGGGUCGUUGUUGUGGACCAGAAGACCGGCGAGGGAGAAAUGCGAGCGAAGCAGCCGCCGAAUUGCGAGACGAAGAAAUCAUACAAGUUUGAAAUCACGGCCUGGGGCUGCGGAGGCGAAGUUUCGAAAAGACCUUCUGGCGAGAAUUUUCAUCCCGGAAUGAUUCAAGUACCUUAUGGGGAAGUUGAGCUGCAUAAGCUUCAGUGGAUUAGCGACCCCGUGAGCUCCUCGUCAGGGUUUGUUGACUUUCCCUCUCGUAAUGAAGGAGUCGGCGAAGUGAGUGAGGAUGUGCUCGUGGGGGACAUGAAAAAAGGAUCUCCGAAGAAGGACGAGCAGAGAAAUGGGAUAAGGCGUGAGGAUGACUCGGGGGAUCCUAUUGAUUCCUCUCGGCAUCCGACGUCACCGUCGUUGUCGGUGUCGUCUCAUUCACCAAACGUGACGGCGAGGAUCAAGGUGCAGGACGUGAACGAACACGCCCCGGAAUUCACGCAGGCCUCCUACAAGGUGGAGGCGGAAGAAGGAAGACUGUACCCAGAGCUCCUGACAGUGACUGCUGCCGACAGCGACUGUUCUCCAAAGUUUGGUGACGUCUGCAAGUACGAGAUCCUCAACGACGAUGCCCCCUUCAUCAUCAACAGCGAGGGUACGUUUUAUCCUUGA